AUGGUCUGGUGGCCCUGGUCAUAUUGGAUCCUGUGUUUUGCGUGUCUUCUGCUGGCCGUCUUGGCCGUUUUUGUUAUUCCUGCAACCCCGGUGCUAAGCAACUCAGAGCCUGAAAGUCCCAGUAUCUAUCAGCGUGUCGAUAUCUUCGGCUCUAUCACCGGCGUGGUCGCCCUGGUUCUCUUCAACUUUGCCUGGAACCAAGGCCCUGUUGUCGGCUGGCCGACACCUUACACCUACAGCAUCAUGAUUGUCGGCGUCGUCAUCUUCGUCGUCUUUAUCCUCGUCGAGAGCCACCCCCUGAUCCCCUUCGGCGCCCUGCAUAUAGAGUCCCUCUUCACUCUAGCCUGCAUUAGCGCCGGCUGGUCCAGCUUCGGUAUCUACAUCUUCUAUACCUUCAAUAUCCUCGAGAUCCUGAGGGGCCAGACCCCUCUGCUCAUAUCUGCCCAGUUCGUUCCUAUCGCCAUAAGUGGGCUGUUUGCUGCCGGAACCACCGGUCUGAUAUUGAGUCACUUCCGCACUUCGACCGUGGUCCUCAUCUCCAUGACCUUCUUUCUCAUUGGAUGUAUCAUCUUUGCCACUCUACCAGUCCACCAGGUCUAUUGGGCGCAGACUUUCGUGAGUAUCAUCGUCCUCCCUUGGGGUAUGGACAUGUCCUUCCCCGCCGGCACCAUAAUCCUGAGUCGAGCUAUGCCGCGGGAGCAUCAGGGUGUCGCCGCGUCGCUGGUCAAUACCUUUGUUAACUACUCUAUCUCCAUUGGGCUUGGGUUUGCCGGCACGGUCGAGGGGCAGGUCAAUAAUAGAGGGAAAGAUGUUCUACAAGGAUACCGGGGCGCAUUGUAUAUGGGUGUCGGUCUCUCCGGCUUGGGUGUAGCUGUGGCUCUGGUUUUCUGUUUUGUGGAGCGGCAUCAGUCUAAGACACCAGAAAAGGUGGAGCAGGAAAAGAGCGAAAUGCAGGAAGAAUUUGUUUAG